GCAAAAGAAUGGAGCUGAAUGCAAUAGAAAAGGAGAGUCAGAAAGAAGGAGAAGACAACAAGGCCUUUGUAGCAGAGGUACAGGAGCAGGAUCAGAUUUACAUUGAUAUAGAAAGAGCUUCUGAAGGUGACAAUGCACAGAAAAAGACAAACCAACAUAAGAAAAGCCUGCUGGAGAAGAAAAUUGAGGCAUUCCAGGGCUAUUUUGCAGAGCACAGAGACCAGAUCCACCUGAUAAUACAUCUGGGGUUAGGAGCAGGCUUUGCUGCCAUGGUUAUAGCAGCAUGUGUUCUGAACUUCCGUCAGGCUUCUGUGCUGCUGGUCAUCUCCUUGGUAACCAUAUUUUUCCUGGUCUGGGAUUGGAUGAUGGAACGCUAUGGCGACAGGGUGUGGGUGGAGCUCCAUCCUAUCAGAGACCUUUUCAACAGAAACUGUUUCAGGAUCAGAUGGAUACUACACGUGUUACUUCUGGGGGCUGUGGUGUGCUGGCUUGUACUGGACACCGCUCAACGGGGGAAAAGGCAGCUUAUGUCUUUCUCUGGUUUGCUGAUCCUUGUCUUCUUAAUGAUGUUGUUCUCCAAACACCCAUUCAGGGUAAGGGAUGCGCAUGCAAGCUUAAACAAGCACAUGCACACUGACAAAUUAAUUUUACAUAUUGCACGUGUUGCAGUGGUCUUGGCAAACAUUGAUAUGUGGGAUUGAGCUACAGUUUGUCUUUGGUCUGCUGAGUCUCAGGACCACAUUUGGCUUAAGUGCAUUGGAAUGGCUCGGAAAACAAGCAGAAGUAUGUACAGUAAACACACACAAAUAUUAUUUCCGUGGCAUGUCACUUUUUCUUUUACUCUGCCAGCAGAAAUUUCUACUGUUACUGUUUUUUGCUUUUACCAGUUACUAUAGAACUAUAACAUCACAAACUGCUGCAACUCUACUUGACCUUUAUGGUGCAGAUGGUGGAAGAGUUACAGCUUACACAAAAAAUCUACAGCCAGUUGUUUCAAAAUAUUCUGUUUCUGUUACUAAAAAUUCUACAUUUCCUCCAUACAGAAGUUUAUGUCUUUCGCAGAUAUUGGGUCUGAGUUUGUGUUUGGUGCCAGUUACACAGACCAUUUCUUUGUUUUCAAGGUGAUGCCUAUAUUGGUCUUUUUGAGCUCUGUCAUCUCCAUUCUCUACCACUUUGGCUUCAUGUCCUGGCUCAUUUGCAAGAUUGGAUUCAUAAUGAUGGUAACCAUGGGAACAUCUCCAGCAGAAUCAAUGGCUGCAGCUGGAAAUAUAUUCCUAGGACAGUCAGAAGCAGUUCUCCUGAUUCUGCCUUACAUCAAUGGGCUAACUCGCUCUGAGAUCCAUGCUGUGAUGACAGGAGGUUUUGCCAGCGUUGCUGGUACCAUUCUGGGAGCCUAUAUCUCCCUUGGGGUUGAGCCUACACACUUGUUGACAGCAUCAGUGCUGUCAGCUCCAGCCUCCCUGGCCAUCGCCAAAACGUUCUGGCCCGAGACAGAGACCCAGAGUGUGAAGGCCAGUUGUGACUUCAAAUUAGGCAAAGGAGAGUGUUCAAAUGCUCUGGAGGCCAUGUCCCAAGGCGCAACUUGUGCUGUGAAAGUUGUGGCCAACAUUGUUGUCAACAUCAUUUCCAUCCUGUCACUGGUGGCUUUUCUCGACACUGUACUCUCCUGGCUGGGUGCAAUGUUUGGCUGUCCACAACUCAGCUUCACGCUCAUCUGCUCCUAUGUCUUCAUGCCUCUGUCCUUCAUGAUGGGGGUUUCCUGGGAGGACAGUUUCAUUGUUGCUGAGCUGAUCGGCAUAAAGGCAUUCCUCAAUGAGUUCAUGGCCUAUCAGAAGUUGUCAAAAUUAAUCAAGAGACGGAAGGCAGGAGGUCCUGAAUAUGUGAACGAUGUAAAGCAGUAUAUUUCUAUCCACUCUGAAACCAUUGCAACUUAUGCUUUGUGUGGAUUUUCCAACCUUGGCGCCCUGGGAUCGCUGGUUGGAGUAAUGUCGACCAUGGCUCCAGACAGACGAUCUGACAUCACCAGUUGUGGCCUCAGAGCUCUGAUUGCAGGCAGCGUCUCCUGCUUUAUGACAGCUUGUAUUGCAGGUGUGCUGUAUAUCCCUGAACUUCAGUGCCCUGAUUUUUUAAGCACAGAAUUCAACAAUACCAGUGUAAACAUCAGCACACAACUGGUCACCUGCUGCACACAAUUAUAUAACAGUGUGACACUUUAUGAACCACUGAAUGUGACAAUCAAAGGAGGAUUCAGUUGGAGCAAUCUACAAGGCUGCUGCACACUCACACCCCCUACACAUUUCAACUGCAGCAUGGUGCUUUGAAUCACUGUGAACAAAAACACUCCUCGGUGCCUCAUUAUUAGAAAUAUAUGUAGCUUCAUUUUCACUUGUAUAGUUAAAAGUUCGUUUUGAUAAAGUUUUUUCACUGGUUUUGUACAAAAGUAUCAGUCAUCAUGUAACAUUAAUGGGAAAUAUCUUUGUAUGAAUGGUUGUUGCUACAAAUUUUUCUUUGUAUUUUACCAUCAGUGAGAAAAAUACAAUGAUCAUUGAUCAGACAUGUCAACCAGUGAAUAAAUAAAUCAUAAAUGGAAAAUGCAAAAAGUACAAAAAUAGAAAAUAUAAGACAAAAGAUAAAGGAUAAAAGAGAGCCACCCUCAAGUGUAGUGUAAGUACCUGAAAUCAUUAAACUCUCUAAAUUUUUUGAGUGUAAUUAAUAUUUUUUCAGCUGAUUGAUCUGAUAAGGUGAUAGGUUUUUCUGACCUCUAAUUAAUAACUUUUCCGCUGCAGUUGUGGGCACAAGAGAGGUUAACAUUUCCCUAGAUAGAAUUUAACCUUACAGAGGACUGUCCAUAUAUUUUAAGAAUUAGAUUUUUUUUAUGUGGAAACACGUUUGCAUCAACUGACAUCUAUAUUUGUGUAAAGGUUUUGAUGAAAUAAA